AUGACUGCAAACCUUCCUCGGUCUCAUAAGCUGCACUCUAAGCUUCUCAUGGCGGCCGAUUCCUCCUCCUCCUCCUCCAACGCACUUCUGCUGUCAAUCUUUUUAGCCUUGAGCUUGCUGAUCCCCGCCGCGAGCUCGGACAUCUCGAGCGACGUGGCGGAGUGCGGCAGCCACCUGCUCGCGAUGCAGACGUGCAUCACGUUCGUCCAAGGGACCGCCGAGGCUCCCACGCCCGACUGCUGCGCUGGCCUCAAAACAGUCCUCGCCAACAGGCCCAAGUGCCUCUGCAUCCUUGUCAAGAUGCACGACGACCCCCAACUCCCCAUCAAGAUCAACGUGACUCGAGCUCUCGCGCUGCCCACCGCGUGCAGCGCCCGUGCCAACAUCUCCAAGUGCCCGCAGAUUCUGAAGCUGCCACCAAACUCCAAGGAAGCAGAGAUCUUCAAGCAGAGCGGGAGUCCAACUCAAGCUAAGGGAAACUCCACCAUUAACACCACCACCGGCACAUCUCCCCGGGCCUCGUCUGAGACCAGUAGUGGGAGGAGCGAUUACUUGGAGUGGAGAGGGUGGUUGGCAAGGAAAGCUGUGGUGGCUUGUGUUCUUUUCUUGGUGAUGCCGCUUCCACUUUCCACUUGA